UCAUCUAUAUCUGUCUCGCAAGAACAAGAAGUUUAUUGUCUUCCAUGUUAAUUUUUCACAGCUCAAUUUUAGGAAAGUUUUCCCUAGCAAGUAUCAAGAGCUAUUUAUUUGACCGUAUGCUAUAAGUAUAAGCUGGUAUAAGAUAUAAAUUCUGUACAUAGAAUAUUUUACAUUAGAGCAGAGAGGAAUUUCUUCUCUGGCUGAGCAUAAUAAAGACAGAUAGAUAAUAGCAGAGAGACAACUUCCUCUCUGGUAGUAAAUAACCCUUGAAAACACGAUCUCUUGAAAAUAAAUAUGUAAUCUAGGAGAAAAAAUAAAUUCGAACUCCAACUCCAUACAAAUUUCAUAUUAGAAAAGAUAUAUGCAUUUAUUUUAAUAAUCCGUAAACCAGCAUACAUAUUUUUGCAACAAAACUGAAAAAUGGUCAUAAAAUAAAUAAAAAAUUUGCUAUAAUUUACGCACUACCGUUAUCGACAAAACAUGGUUGCCAUGACGGCAAACUAUAAACGCUUUUUCUAUACAUUAAAAUCUUUGAAACGUGCGUCAAUUUAUCUUUCAGAACAUUGUUUAAAAGAAGAAUCAAAACUAAAUAUGACUAUGAAUAAUAACAUUGAUGCAAUUUUGACUGAGUUAGGGUGGAAUGAUGGAUUUCGAAUACCGGUAGCAAAUGAAGAAAAUAAACGAUUAGAAGAAGAAAUUGAAAGGAAAAUGAAACUAAAAGAAAAUUUAAGUACGAAACUCGAAUCAAUGGAGGAACGAAUUAAGAUGAUGAAAAAGCAUAUUAACAAUUUAAUAACAGAGCAGAAUAUAAAUCAAAAACUUUUAACUGCUCAUUCGGCGCAACUUAAAACUGAAGACCAUCAUUACCGAUUGAGUUGUAACACUGAAUCGAGUCUUCGCCAAGAGGCGCGACGAUUUCAAAAAGAAUGGCAAGAAGUAAAUGAGAUGGUAACAAACAUUGAAAAAGAAUUACAAAAAAUGAUAAAGAAAAUAGAAACGUCGAAAAAUACACUAAAAUAUGAUGAAAAAAAUCUGCGAGAAAUGGAGGAGAUAUUAAAUGAAAAUGAAAAUAAUAAUGAAUUAAUAGCACAAUAUAUGAAAGAAGACUUAAAAGAAUAUAAGGAACUGGAAUUAAAAAGACAGAAACUUAGCAAAGAAUUGCAAACAUAUCGUGAUUCGAUUAUUAAAACAACUAAUGAAGCGCGGGAAGUGGAGAUUAUACUUAGUCGAACAUCUGCAUUGUAUAAUCAAGCAUUGAUAGAAUACCGGCAAAUGUUUAAUCAAUGGAAAGAAAGCGUAAUCAUGUUACAACAAAGGAAUAAUGAUAUCAAGAAAGUCAUUCAAGAAACCGAAGCAUUGUACGAAAUUUCUCAAGAUAAAAAAAAAGUACUUCAAGAAUCAGAAAAAUUCUUGAUGGAGCAAAUUGAGAAUAAUAAGCAAGUUCAAGAUUCAAUUAAAAAAUUAGAAAAGGAGCUUACUACAAUGAAGGAAGAACAGAGCAACAUGAAAGAAAUGAUUACUUCAUACGAAAAUCAACUUGUUAUACAAAAAGGUAUUGUGAAAGAAUUGACACAACGUAUGCAGCAAGUAAGAGCUGACAUAAAACAUAAGGAAUCACAAAUUCAAAUUAAAAAUGCAAAAAUAGAAAAAAUAGAUAAACAAGUAAUAGAUUUAACUGCAAAAUUGCAAGACAUUACCAAUCAAAAAGUGGACAUUGAAGAAAAGGCAAAAGAACUAGAAGAGAUGAUAGAGGAGCAAGAGAAAAAAAAGUCUAAAAUGACUAAAGAAAUGAAUCGAUUACAAAUGGCAAACUUACGUGUAAUGAAUCAAAUAAAAGACUUACAAAAUGAGAAUAAAGUUUUAAAGAUGGAAUAUGAAAAGGAAUCUAAAAAAUGUGAAUAUUUAGACAAAUUACAUACCAAAGAAGAACAUAUUUUAGAGGAUAAAAAGGAAGUAUCGUACCAAGCAGAAUUUGAAGUGCGAAAAUAUGAGAUGAAAUUGAACAGAUUAAAAGGGCUUGAAUAUAACAAGUCUGAAGUUGAGAAAAAACAAAAAAAGAUUGAAGAUCUUCAAAAUACUUUAGAUGAAAAAAUGAAAGUGUCUAAGUUAUUGCAAAAACAGAUUGCUACUUUAGAAGAUAAUAUGAGGAAAAUUUCAAAUAGUAUAACACAAGAUAACAAUGAAUUAGAAUAUUUACAAAAUAAAAAACAAGAUCUUGUUCUUCUAAUGAAUGCAGGAGAAAAACAAUUAAAAGCUGCUCAAAAUUGUUAUGAAGAGAAACAAGUAGAAGAAAGUAUGCUACGACUUAGAGUAUCUCAAAUGGAGAAAAUGAUGUGUAAUAUAGGGGAAAAUGUUUAUGAUUUGGAAAGAUAUAGACUUGAAUUAGAAGCAGCAAUGCGGGAACGAAAAGCAGAAAUUGUUGUACAGAAGGAAUCUCUAAUAGUACAAAAAAGAAUUGCAGAUGGUGAAUGUUCAGAAUUAAGAAGUGCUAUUGCUGAGAGAAAAAUACGAAUAAAACAAUUACAGGCAAGGUAUGACAAUUACAUAGCAUUGUUAGGUACUAAUCCUGAUGGAACUCCAAUGAGUACUACUCAUAUGAAGAUUCAAAGUGCACAAGAAAGAUAUAUUUUACAAGAACAGGGUGAUCAAUUAGAUGAAACAAUAAGAAAAACUGAAGAUGAAAUUCAAGCCAUGGAAAAUACAUUACGAGUAAUAAAUGUUUGUAAUGACAAAUAUAAGGUAUCCUUAACAACAGAUGAUCAAAAUAAACCAGAGAUAGAAGAACAUAAAAAAUUGGAUGAAGAACUGCAGAAUGCAGAACAACAUUUGAAGCAAAAAAAGGAAGAAUUACAGUGUUUAACUGAAAAUAUGCAGAAAAUACAAAAUGACUAUGUGAAAAUUCUUGAAAAUAUAGAGGAAACUCAAGAAUGCAAAGAAAAUAAAAACCAAUAUUUAACUGACUUGAAACAUCACAUUCGUGAACAAAAAGAAAAAAUAUCAAGAGCUGAUAAAAGUUUACAGAAUGCCCAGAAAAGUAUUCAACGAUUGUAUGAAAGUACAGGAGACAAAACUGUGCUUAUACAACAGAAAGAAAUAGAAUUACGUGAACUGCAAGAACAAAAUUCUAUUGCUUUGCAAGAUAUUGCAGAAUUUACAGUUCACCACAUAGAAGUUGAGCCUUACAUUAAAAAAUUGUUAGCAUCACAGAAUAUAGAAUUACCUACAAAUUUAUUUGGCCAAUUGUCAGGAUCCAAUCAUUCUCAUAGUAAUACAAACUUAUCAGAAUGUUUACCAAAAAGUACAAAUAGAGAAAGUGUUUAUGGAUCAUCUAAGGGAAGUACUAGAAAUGUCAUCAAUAUAGAACCAGAAUUUGAAAUUGUUCCAAUACAAAGUACAUCAAGGAGGAAUAUAAAGCAGAAACAAUUAUCUGUAGAAGCUUCCGUGCAAGUACAAUCAAUGAAAAAAGCUUUUUAAUAUAAUUUUUUAAACAUUGUAUAUUAAUUUAUUUCUUAUUAUAUAUAUUUACCAGGAAUAGCAUGUAAAAUAAGAAUUUUAAGCAAUAUUUAAAAGAUAAUUAAAAAUGUUAAUGAAAAAUGAUUUAUCACCAAAAAUGGGACUUUUAGAAAUAUGGAACCCAUUUAAUAUAUAUUAAAACACCGGCUAAUUACUUUUAGGUUACAUUACUUUCUUUCAUUACAAUGAAGUAUACAUAACUUAUACUAUAGAUUCAGCAUAUACGAGUGUUUCCCAAAACUGUUAUCAAUUUAUUUGAUUACGCAUGCAUCAUGUUGAUUAUGUAUAACUGAUAGUUUUGUUAUAUUAAGAGUUUUAUAACUCAUAAC